GCGCUCUCCCAGCUACAGGCGCGCGGCCACCAGGACAGUAUAAAAAGCCCCGCGAACUGUCCCUAGAGCACGGAAGGAACUGGAUUUCUUAGGUGUAUCUGUUUGUCAAUCAAUCAUGAAGGCUGUGGCAAUAAUCCUCGCUCUGGCAGUCAUCUCUGGCUGCCAUGCCCGCGUCGUGCGCCAGGCAGAGGCCCUCCCGAACCUCUGGGAGGAGAACGUUGAGCGCUUCUGGACCUAUGUGUCUGAGAUCAACAGCAGAGCCGACGGAUUGGUGGAAAAACUCAAGACCUCCCAGCUCAGCAGAGAACUUGACACCCUGAUCACUGACACCGUGGCUGAGCUGACCGUGUACAGGGAGGACAUCCAGACCAAGUUGGGGCCUUACUCCCAGGACACAGCCGCCUUGCUGGGCCAGGACCUGCAGCUUCUGACCACCAAGCUCCAGACCGACAUGGUUGAUGCCAAGGAGCGCAGCACACAGUACCUGGGAGAGCUCAAGACUAUGAUGGAGCAGAAUGCUGAUGAUGUCCACAACCGCGCCAACACCUACACCCGCAAACUGAAGAAACGCCUUAACAAGGACACCGAGGAGAUCCGCAAGACCGUGGCCACCUACCUAGGUGAGAUCCAGUCCCGUACCUCCCAGAACAUGGAUCUCGUGAAGGAGCGUGUGGAGCCCUUUGUGAGUCAGGCCCACGACACCGCUGGCCAGAGGCUGAGCAGCUUUAGUGACCUUCUGAAGAACCAGGCCCAGGACCUGAGCCAGCAGGUCUCCACCCAGGCUGAAGACAUGCGCGAGCAGCUGGAGGCCACCGCCGAGGACCUGCGCACCACCCUGGAGGGCAAGAUCGAUGAGCUCAGCAGCCUGAUCGCCCCCUACGCCGCCAAGAUCCGUGAGCAGCUACAGACCGCCAUGGACAAGGUCAAGGAGACCGCUGUCUAAAUGGACCCAGGGGAGUGAGGGGUUUGGAAGCACUGUGCCACCAUUCACCUAGCUACCACAGAGAGGAGGAGGGAGUUAAGUGAUACUGAUGCUGUUCUCACUGUGUUGGCACUGUGUUUUGGUAGAGGGGGGUUGAUAGAGAGAGAGGGGUGAGGAUGGCAGAGCUUUGAAGGGGUCUUGAGCAGACAAACACAGUCCUUUAUGUCUGUUCAGGCCUCAGAAAGGCAUUUACUGUUUAAAUCACUUCAAUCACUCUCUCGCUGUAUUAUCUCCUCAUCUCAGAACACAAGAGCCACACUCAAUACUGCCUUUCUUAAACACACAAGAGGCCAUUGUUUUUAACCUGCUUUGCUUGUCUUCCUCAUUAUACGUCCUCUAGAUGUCUCCUCCAAAUUGUUCUACUAAUUUGCAUCAGGUUUCUAAGGCUGCUGUAUGGGAUACAAGUGGGGUUGAAACAGUAUCUAACAAUCGUGGGCCAAAUUGUCUCCGGCCCAUUCCAGCGCUGUCCCUGUCCUUCAUUUCAAUAACUGCACUGAAUUAAGACUUGGCUUUUCUCCAGCACUAGCAUCAGUCUGUCCAGAAAAAAGGGAAGAACCACUCUGUUCCUUGCUUGUCUGUGAUUCUGUAUCUACACCUGCUUUGUAGGCUCUGUAUUUGUUGUGAUUCAUAUAGGAGUGUAUUUACUAUGACUGUGAUAUGACGUGAAUAUGACAAUGAAACUAAAAGGUAUACUUCACAGGGUCCAUAUACUACCUGUCUGUAUUAAUUCAGUUUGGCCAGAGUGUCUCUGCCACUUCACAAUGUAACACGCCCUGCUGCUCACCAUAGCACACUGUUUGUCUGGCUGUCGGGCUGACUGCAAUGUGCUACCCAGCGCUGCGGAAAUAAAAUAUGUAAAGAGUU